AUGGCAAAGGUUUUCUUUUCCGAUCUCAAGUCUGGGCGGUGCUCAUCUGUUGUGGAGGCGAGACUGCUUCGAUUCUGGGAGGCUAGGAAUGUUAAGCGUGGUGGAGAGCUAAUGUGGAUGGAUCUGCUCAUGGUUGAUGUCAACUCGACUAUGAUGCAAGUCACGAUCAGUGCUGGCCGUCUCCCACAGUUCCGGGAAAUGCUCCAUGCCGGGACAAUGUUUUCCGUGUCCGGUUUUGAAGUCUCCAGAUGCGCGCAGAAUUUUUGGUUCACUGAUUCGUCUUUGAUGAUCCGGUUCAACGAGUCCACCUCAUUCCAAAAGUUGACCGAACCUGUCUCCCUCUUGCCAGAGGAAGCAUUCCGGUUCCAUAACCAAUCGGAGCUGAUUGGUCUUGCCAAUACAAAUACUCAGCUACCAGACAUCAUAGGUGAGAUAUUGAGUGUGAAGAGCACGGUUUGCGAUCCUCCGGAGGAGAAGAAUCGUGUUAUUGUGACUCUGAAGCUGGAUAGUGAUGAGACUGUCACUUUAAGCUUCUUUGACUCUCAGGCUGUUGCUUUCCAUAAACAGCUUGAGGCUAUGAGGUUUGAUCCAAAGGUCAUGGUCGUCACUAGCAUAAAUCCCAAGAUUGUCAGAGGUCGUCUGUUUCUUAACGCUACGUCGGGAACACACGUGUAUUUUGAUAAGAAGACUAGAGCAGGGGAUGCUCGAUUUUACAAGUUGAUCGCCAGAGAUACCGGUUUGCCGUCGGCCGCUCCGCUGCUAAGGUCGUAUGCGAAGGUGAAGACUAUGACAAUUGCUGACCUCAGCAGUUUCAUCGUUACUGCUGAAUCUCAGGAGAUUGAUUUUCUGUGCACCGGGAAGGUUGUCCGUGUUGACACGUAUAAGGGGUGGUGUUAUGUUGCUUGCUCCAAAUGCAGUAAGAAAUUACAGCGGACUGAGUCUGCAUUCACGUGUGGAGUAUGCAAUAAUUCACAUGCUGUUGGGGCCCUUCUCUAUCGUGUGGAGAUGGCAAUAUCUGAUGAUACUGCAGAAGGAACAUUCGUAUGGUUCGAUGGUGUAUUAACGAAGCUGCAUAGUAUCCAAGCAAGUGAAGCUGCACAGAUGCUGGCUGAAGACGGUGUGAACCCUGAGGACACUAGGUUACCUCCGUUCAUUGCAGACAUGGAAGGAAAAACGUACACUUUCCAAGUGAGGGUCACUGCGUUCAACUUCACCGAGCAUCACAAGACAUUCACCAUAACACGUAUUGCUGAGGAUCAUGGUCGUCUGCCAGUAGAUGGCGUGGGGAACAAUGGAGAUGAUGAUGACGAUGAUGAUAAUGCUGACAACCCGAACAUCAAGCCAUCACCUGCUGCUGAUGACCAAGGUGGAACCAGUAAGGCGCGUAAGAAGACUGACGCAGUAUCGUCAAAGAUGGUGAAGAAGGCACGUGCUGGUUGA